AACAUCAUGGAAUCACCUAGCACCCCCUUCCUGCCCAAAGAAGAGGAAGCUAAAUCUUCAACAGAAGAAGGCUAUACCUAUCAAGAGCACACACUUAAUUCCAAACCAACGCCCUGGCAUCGACAACCCAUAUGUCUCACCACAUUCCAUGUGUUAUUAUACCUGCUUGCGACAUGGGGAUCUCUUUCACUCAUCUCCUUUAUCAUACUUCCAUUUCCAUCGCCCCAAGCAACUAUUCCCGACGUUUAUCGCCCUGAGACCCUGCCUCCCGACCUACCCAUCUGCGAUUGCGGGUCUACAAUCAAGGAGGCCGUUCAUCGCAACUGUACAUACGACUCCCUCGCCACAGCCUGGCUCCCACCCCACUGCCGUGACGCCGAGUUAACUGCCCGCUUCGAUCGUUCCGGGCCCGGGCCCAAUGGCGAAUGGAGCUGCUACCUCGAUGAAUACGGCACUGUGCCCAUCACCAACGAUGAGAUCGCACAAUUGGCGGAAACAGGAGGCUCCUUCUGGUCAACACGGGAAUGGCACAUCGCGCAUUGCGUCUUCUAUUGGCAGAAGUAUCGUCGGAUGGGGAAGACCGGGGUGGUUAUGGAGGAGAGGUUCGGGAGUUUGAGUCAUGUGGAGCAUUGCUCCAGACUUAUCAUGAGUCCGGUGCCGGCUUAUUUCUUCUUUCUUUCGGUUCCCGUGGUGUUGAAUUCGAGUGUUGAGGUUCAGCAGAUGCCGUCGAGAUUGUCUAGGCCUGCAAACAGCCAUGUCAUCUGCAAUUCAUACAUCAAGGAGCUAGUCUACGUCUGUCGACAUGAAAUGGACGUAGGAAACAUAUCUAUCCUAUGA